UGUAGGACUUGAUUUCCCUGUGAGUGAACCGAGUGAUGAUACGGAGUUAGAUUUAACACACCUGUGUUGGCGUGAAGUACAUUCUCUCUUUUGGUUUAUGGGUAUAAUCUGAAGGAGACAUGGCCUCCAAAAUGAGAGUUUCUGGGGAACAGGACACAAAGAAAGACAAGAGAUCAUCAAAGAGGAAGAGAUCAGACUCACCUGAACCCAGCUGUGUGUCUAUGAAGCGUGAAGGGUCAAUGGAUCAUUCAAGAGACUUUAGAGACACAGACUGUGCUACUGAUCUGAGAUCAUCAAAGAGGAAGAGAUCAGACUCACCUGAACCCAGCUGUGUGUCUAUGAAGCGUGAAGGGUCAAUGGAUCGUUCAAGAGACUUUGGAGACAAAGACUGUGCUACUGAUCUGAGACCACAGAAGAACAAAUCAAUCAUCACUGAGAAGGGGCAUUUGAAGGCCAUAUUCAAGGAUCUGGAGCAGAAAUUCAUCACCAUGAUAAAGAAGGAACUGAAGAGGUUUAAGAAGCUCCUGAGUCCAGAUUCCCCAGCAUGCUCCGAGAGGGAGGUGGAGGAUCAGAGCAGUGUCAGAGAGGAAGUGCUGAAGAUCACACUGCACUUCCUGAAGAACAUGAACCACACAGAUCUCGCUCACACACUGCACAACAAGUCUGCAGUCUCUGUGUACCAGCAGAAACUCAAAUCCAACCUGAGAGAGAAGUUGAAAAGCAUUAACGAAGGAAUCUCACAGCAUGGAAGCUCAACACUUCUGACUGAGAUCAACACAGAGCUCUACAUCACAGAGGGUUGGAGUGGAAACGUCAAUAAGGAACAUGAGGGGAGACAGAUUGAGACGGCAUCCAGGAGACCAGCAACACAGGAGACACCCAUCAAAUAUAAGAAUCUCUUUAAAGACACAUCCAUCAGAAGUGUGCUGACUAAAGGAGUUGCUGGAAUUGGAAAAACAGUCUCUGUGCAGAAGUUCAUUCUGGACUGGACGGAAGGAAAAACAAAUCAGGACAUCACCUUCAUGUUUCCACUUCCCUUUAGAGAGCUGAAUCUGAUGAAGGAUAGAAAUCUCAGUCUGAUGAAUCUUCUUCACCACUUUUUCCCAGAAAUGAAAGAAUUACAAUUAAUAGACUGUGAUAAUAAUAAAGUCCUGUUGAUCUUUGAUGGUCUGGAUGAGUAUCGACUUCCUCUAAAUUUCCAGAACAAUGAGAGAUUGUGUGAUGUGACAGAGUCAGCCUCAGUGGAUGUGCUGCUGACAAACCUCAUCAAGAGGAACCUGCUUCCCUCUGCUCUUCUCUGGAUAACCUCUCAACCAGGAGCAGCCAAUCAGAUCCCUCGUGAGUGUGUAGAUCAGGUAACAGAGAUACAAGGGUUCAGUGAUCCUCAGAAAGAGGAAUACUUCAGGAAGAGGAUCAGUGAUCAGAGCCUGGCCAAUAAAAUCAUCACACACAUGAAGUCUUCAAGAAGCCUCUACAUCAUGUGCCAUAUCCCAGUCUUCUGCUGGAUCUCAGCCACUGUUCUCGAGAGACUGUUGGGUGAAGCAGAGAGUGAAGAGGUCCCCAAGACUCUGACUCAAAUGUUCACACACUUCCUGAUCUUUCAAAUCAAACACAAGAACCAAAAGUACCAUCAGAAACGCGACCCUGAUCCUCAGCAGAUCAGAGAGAGUAUCCUGGCACUGGGAAAACUGGCUUUCCAACAGCUGGAGAAAGGAAAUCUGAUCUAUGAGGAAGACCUGAGAAAGUGUGGCAUUGGUGUGAGAGAAGUGUCAGUGUACUCAGGAGUGUGUACCCAAAUAUUCAGAGAGGAGUUUGGGCUUUACCUGGGAAAGGUGUUCAGCUUUGUACAUCUGAGUGUUCAGGAGUUUUUGGCUGCUUUAUAUGCGCUUCUCUCCUUCAAAAGAAGUGAAACAGAACAACAAACCAUUGAUCGGUCUGAUCUUUUCAGCAAGACAAACAUGUGUGAUUUCCUCAGGAAUGCAGUGAACAAGGCCUUACAGAGUGAGAAUGAACACCUGGACCUGUUCCUCCGCUUCCUUCUGGGUCUCUCACUGGAGUCCAAUCAGACUCUCUUACAAGACCUACUGCCCCAGAGAGUAAGCAGCUCUCAUAGCAGACAGGAAACAGUUGAGUACAUCAAGGAGAAGAUCAGGGAGAAUCCAUCUCCAGAGAAAUCCAUCAAUCUGUUCGAUUGUCUGAAUGAACUGAAUGAUCAUUCUCUAGUGCAGGAAGUUCAACAUUACCUGAACAGAGGAGUGUUUGCUCCUCUCAGUGGAGUCAGUCUCUCUCCUGCUCAGUGGUCAGCUCUGGUGUUUAUGUUACUGAACUCAAAAGAGGAGGUGGAUGUGUUUGAUUUGAGUAAAAACCACCCAUCAGAGAAACAUCUUCUGAAGAUGCUGCCAGUGGUCAAAUUCUCCAGAAAAGCUAAUCUGUGGAGGUGUAAACUGACAGAGGAAAGCUGUAGAGUUCUGUCCUCAGUUCUCAGCUCAAACUCCUCCAGACUGAGAGAACUGGACCUGAGUCACAAUAACCUGCAUGAUUCAGGAGUGAAGCUGCUCUCUGCUGGACUGGAGAAUCCACACUGUACACUGGAGAUACUAAGUCUGUGUCUGUGUAAACUGACAGAGGAAAGCUGUAGAGUUCUGUCCUCAGUUCUCAGCUCAAACUCCUCCAGACUGAGAGAACUGAACCUGAGAGACAAUAAACUGCAGGAUUCAGGAGUGAAGCUGCUCUCUGCUGGACUGGAGAAUGCACACUGUACACUGGAGAUACUGAGUCUGUGUCGGUGUGAACUGACAGAGAAAAGCUGUAGAGUUCUGUCCUCAGUUCUCAGCUCAAACUCCUCCAGACUGAGAGAACUGAACCUGAGAGACAAUAACCUGCAGGAUUCAGGAGUGAAGCUGCUCUCUGCUGGACUGGAGAAUCCACACUGUACACUGGAGAAACUAGAGCUAGAAAUGUGCAGGAUUACAGGUGAAGGUUGUGCUGCUCUGGUUUCGGCUCUGGGGUCAAAUCCUUCAUCACACCUGAGAGAACUGAAUCUGAACCGCAAUAAACCAGGAGAAUCAGGACUGAAGCUGCUCUCUGAUCUACUGAAGGAUCCACACUGUAAACUGGAGACACUACAUCUGGGUUGGUGUAAACUGACAAAGGAAAGCUGUAGAGUUCUGUCCUCAGUUCUCAGCUCAAACUCCUCCAGACUGAGAGAACUGGACCUGAGAUACAAUAACCUGCAGGAUUCAGGAGUGAAGCUGCUCUCUGCUGGACUGGAGAAUCCACACUGUACACUGGAGAUACUGAGUCUGUGUUGGUGUAAACUGACAGAGAAAAGCUGUAGAGUUCUGUCCUCAGUUCUCAGCUCAAACUCCUCCAGACUGAGAGAACUGGACCUGAGUAAAAAUAACCUGCAGGAUUCAGGAGUGAAGCUGCUCUCUGCUGGACUGGAGAAUCCACACUGUACACUGGAGAAACUGAGUCUGUGGAACUGUAAACUGACAGAGAAAAGCUGUAGAGUUCUGUCCUCAGUUCUCAGCUCAAACUCCUCCAGACUGAGAGAACUGAACCUGAGAGACAAUAACCUGCAGGAUUCAGGAGUGAAGCUGCUCUCUGCUGGACUGGAGAAUCCACACUGUACACUAGAGAAACUGAGUCUGUGUCGGUGUAAACUGACAGAGGAAAGCUGUAGAGUUCUGUCCUCAGUUCUCAGCUCAAACUCCUCCAGACUGAGAGAACUGAACCUGAGUUGCAAUAAAGUGCAUAAUUCAGGAGCGAAGCUGCUCUCUGCUGGACUGGAGAAUCCACACUGUACACUGGAGAAACUGGAGUUGUUUGACUGCAAGAUUACAGGUGAAGGUUGUGCUGCUCUGGUUUCAGCUCUGAGGUCAAAUCCCUCAUCACACCUGAGAGAACUGAAUCUGAACUACAAUGAACUAUAAUGAAUCUGAACUAUAACUAUAAUGAAUCUGAACUACAAUGAAGAAUAAACUCUGUAAACAGGAGAAUCUACAGUGACACUCAUACAGUGUUUACAUAAAUUUUUCUCGUUCGGAGUCUGACUAUUGAUUCUGAUAAAUAUGAUAAACAUCUGUC